CUUGCAAAAACCACAACACCUGACGUCGACGGCUCAGCGGCUCAGUGGCUCAGCGGUUCGGUGAUUCGGUGGUUCGGCGGUUCGGCAGCUCAGCAGCGGCAGAUCAGCGUCGACUGCGACGGCAACUGCAGCGUUUUGUGGGCGGGUGCUGUUAUUUUUAAACUGACCAAUGCAGUAUGUGAGUCCUACAACAAAUCCUGGGUGGAGUUCGGUGUGUGUCGCCUUCGAGCCGUGAAUCGAAAUAAAGUCUGCCUUAAUGUCGAUGCUAACUUGCUUCAUCCGGUGCACGAUGUAAUAGUGAAGGCCCAAUUAUUUAAAAGAGCCAAUGGCUACAAGCCAUGGCUCUAUAGCGUCAAUUUCGACGGCUGUCAGUUUAUACGACGGAGAAAUAACGCUUUAAUUCGUAUUGUUUGGGAUCUUUUUAAAGAGUACUCGACACUCAAUCACUCCUGUCCAUACGUGGGUCUGCAACAAGUUAAGAACUUUUAUCUGAGAUCCGAGAAGCUGCCUACUCCCAUACCCACUGGGGAUUAUCUUUUGAUGAUCGACUGGAUAUUUACCAAGAAGCCGCAAGCUGCCACAAAUAUAUACUUUACCUUUGUCGAGGAUCUUAAAGAUAGUUAAAAAAUGUUGUUUUCUAUAAUCGGAAAAGUCCAAUAAUUUUCUUAAAUCAUUUCGAGUAAUA